AUGUGCCUCCUCAUGGACGGGGAUGAUGCCGAGAGCACUCAGGCGGGAUUGCCUAGCAUCAGCACUGCUACAAAGCGAUACGCGAACACGCGCACGCGCACACGCACGCGCACCCCCAAACGCCAUGUGAUGACUUGCAUAUUACUGCUUUGGUAUCUGGAUACGAGUGACGGGUCAUUGGGACAGUACUCUGACAGCUGUACUGGGCUGGACCUUGAUGAGAUGUCACACCGACAAUCACAGUGUGUGUUAACUUUGGGGCCGUCUGAUCCUCACAGCCUCCCACGUGUGGUCCAAACCCUUGCAAACCCCAAACAACGAUCAUAUGAUUCAUGGGACAAUUCCAUCUCGCUUGUCUUGCCAAGUCAAUCUUGCGAUUUGCUUCGAGCAUGUUCCGUGAGCGAGACCGGGUUCCGGCCCGGCAUUCACGAAGCAACCAGGAACAAGCGCUCCGAUUCUAGAGGUAAUAAUUGCGUCGACUCCGUGAAACCGGUCGACUGUCUCGGCGGCCGUGUAACUGCGCAAUGCCAUUGCCGCGACAUCGACAAAGUUACUCAAAGCUUCUACUGCAACUUUGGAUCUUUAGACCAAGCUGCUCUUAGAGACUCUUGCGCCACGUUGCGCCAAGAAAAGUUGGAGUACCUUCUCAGAUCGAGUUGA